AAGGCGGGCUCGGGCACACGGGGCCGUGCUGAGCCGCGUCGAGCCGUUUCUGAGCCCCGCUGUUUCGCGACCCACAGAGCCUUGCUUCCCUCCGGGCCCAGCGAUCCGAGCCGAACGGAGCCGAGCGGCGGGGCCAUGGUGAACCUGCGAGUGUGCGCGCUGGAGUGCGAGGCGCUGCGGGGGUUGCUGCAGGAGCGCGCCGCGCAGUGCCUCGUCCUCGACUGCCGCUCCUUCUUCUCUUUCAACGCCGCGCACAUCCGCGGCUCCUGCAACGUGCGCCUCAGCACUAUCGUCCGCCGCCGCGCCAAGGGCGUGCUGGCCCUGGAGCACGUUGUCCCCAACGAGGAACUCCGCACCCGGCUGCGCCAGGGGCAGAUCCACACCGUGGUGCUGCUGGACGAGCGCAGCGCCGACCUGGAGCUGCCCAAGCGCGACAGCACGCUGCUGCUGGCCCUCGGCACGCUGUGCAGAGAGGCCCGCGGAGCCCGCAUCUGCUUCCUCAAGGGAGGUUACGAAGCGUUCUCGGCCGCCUGCUCCGAGCUGUGCACCAAACCCGCCGCCCCUACCGGCCUCAGCCUGCCCCUGAGCGCCAGCAGCGCGCCCGGCAGCGCGGACUCGGGAUGCAGCUCCUGCGGUACCCCACUGUACGACCAGGGUGGGCCGGUGGAGAUCCUGCCGUUCCUGUACCUGGGCAGCGCGUACCACGCCUCCCGCAAAGACAUGCUGGACGCGCUGGGCAUUACGGCGCUCAUCAACGUGUCGGCCAACUGCCCCAACCACUUCGAGGGGCACUACCAGUACAAAAGCAUCCCGGUGGAGGACAACCACAAAGCGGAUAUCAGCUCCUGGUUUAACGAGGCGAUUGAUUUCAUAGAUUCUGUUAAAAAUGAUGGAGGAAGGGUAUUUGUGCACUGCCAGGCUGGCAUUUCCCGGUCGGCGACCAUCUGCCUUGCUUAUCUCAUGAGGACCAACAGAGUCAAGCUGGAUGAAGCCUUUGAGUUUGUGAAGCAGAGAAGAAGCAUCAUCUCCCCAAACUUCAGCUUCAUGGGGCAGCUGCUGCAGUUCGAGUCGCAGGUCCUUGCCCCCAACUGCUCAGCGGAAGCUGGGAGCCCUGCUAUGUCAGUAUUGGACAGAGGAGCAUCUACCACCACGGUCUUUAACUUUCCAGUUUCCAUCCCUGUUCACACCUCAUCCAGUGCUUUAAGCUACCUUCAGAGCCCCAUCACCACCUCCCCGAGCUGCUGAAAGGCGGAAGCACGGCCAGAACUCAGAAUUCUUGUCUCAGAAGUGCAAUAACUAUGGGGACAGUAUCGUCAGCCACUUGUCUUGUGGGGAACCAUCCAUGCAUCCUAGAACGCUGCUGUACACAGAGGAGCUCACCAGUAUUCCGUGCAUUGCUGACUCCUGAAGCCAAUAUCUGGAUGCCUAUGCAGAGAUCAGAGGACGCUGCGUUUUCCUGAGCUGUUCCCCUUGUCUUCUGUUUGUCCUAAGCCUGCUGCAUGUUCAGUAGCAUGCUCACCAGUAUUCCCAUUCCUGGACACUUAAAGCAACACUGAUGUUGUCCCCUUUCAUGACAGUCCUAUUUAUUUAUUUUUACGUUAGUGCAUUGUUUUGCCUUCAUGAACCUGAAGUUGCAUUUCUAGAGAAACCAAAUACCUCAGUAUUUUUUUGGUACUGUAAUCCUGUGUGUAUAUAUCUGUCAGCUCUUCUUGUUUCCAAGCACUGACACGAAAGCACCAGGCGAGUGCUUCUUGAGUUGCCAAGGGUUGUAUGUUUGAUUUAUUUAUGAUGUGAAAUAAUAUAUUUCUUCUUAGGAAGACAUAGUUUUGUUACAUGAUUAUAACUUUUUAUACAAACAGAAUAAAUUAUGAUAUUUCUAGUGAAAGCUGGAUAUACUUAAAA